CCUGAUGUGGUUUAAUUGAAAUUCAAUUACAGGAACCUAGCGUGUACCUUUAGAUGAGGGAUACAUUUAGUUCAUGAUGAGAAUAAGCCGUUUGAGGAGUUUGUUUCCAACACUGGCUGUCAUUGCAGUGUUUCUCUAUGUGAGCUCUGUCAAACAGAAAAUCCAAACCCAAGAGAAGCAGCUUUAUCAAGCCCAGCAGAACCUCUCCUUACACAAUGAUCUUCUUCUCAAAAAUCUUAACAAACUGGAGGCUCAGUUACACGCCAUGGGAGAGAGAACCCUUAAAGUGAAAAAAGAGAAGCAGCCAAUGGAAAAACCAGAGACUCCAGUACACGCCAUGGUAGAGAAAACCCCUAAAGUGAAAACAGAGAAGCAACCAGUGGGAAAACCGAAGGCUCCUGUACACACAAUGGGAGAGAAAAACCUUAAAAUGAAAACAGAGAAGCAACCAGUGGAAAAACUGGAGACUCCGGUACACACCAUGGGAGAGAAAAACCCUGAAGUGAAAACAGAGAAGCAACCAGUGAAAAAAACAGAGGCUCCGGUACACGCCAUGGGAGAGAGAAACCCUAAAGAGAAAACAGAGAAGCAACCAGUGGAAAAAACGGAGGCUCCGGUACACGCCAUGGGAGAGAAAAACCCCAAGGUCAAAACCGAGAAGCAACCAGCGAAGAAGCUGUUUCCAAACUCACCUCUUUUCCAGCGAUGGACUGUGGAACUUUCUGAAGAAGAUCAGAGGAAGGCUGAAGAUCUUUUUCAGAAAUAUGGCUAUAACGCCUUUCUCAGUGAUCAGAUCCCUCUGGACAGAGAGCUGCCGGAGACUCGAGAUCACAGAUGCGUUGAACGUGAAUAUCCCCAGAAUCUGCCCACCAUCGGUGUGAUUCUGAUUUAUCUGGAUGAGGCUCUGUCUGUCAUUCAAAGAGCUGUUUGUAGCAUCAUCAACAGAACUCCAGCCCACCUGCUGAAAGAGAUCAUACUGGUGGAUGACCACAGCCAAAAUGAAGAUCUAAAGACACAGCUUCAUGCCUAUGUGAGAUCCAUUAACCAGAAUCAUACAGACCUGGUGAAACUGGUGACACAUUCAGAGCAGAGAGGUCUCACGCAGGCGAGAAUCUCAGGAUGGAAGGCUGCCACCGCGGAUGUAGUGGCUAUUUUGGAUGCCCACAUUGAAGUCCAUGUCAAAUGGGCGGAGCCUUUACUUGCUCGUAUCAAGGCCGACCGCACGGUGAUCCUGAGCCCCGUGUUUGACAAAGUGAAUUUCUAUGACUUGAAAGUAAUAAAAUAUAAUCCUAGCGCUCAUGGCUUCGACUGGGCUCUCUGGUGCAUGUAUGUAGCGUUCCCACAUGAGUGGUAUGUUCCGAACGACCCUUCACAGCCAGGAAAGAGUCCGUCUGUAAUGGGCAUUCUGGUGGCUGAUCGUCUGUUCUUUGGUGAGAUUGGAACUCUGGAUGGAGGGAUGCGGGUUUACGGAGGAGAGAAUGUUGAAUUGGGAAUACGGGUGUGGCUUUGUGGAGGAAGUAUAGAGAUUGUGCCGUGCUCAAAAAUUGCCCACAUUGAAAGGGCACACAAACCCUACAUGCUUGACCUUAGCAUUACAAUGAAGAGAAAUGCCCUCAGAGUAGCAGAAGUGUGGAUGGAUGAAUACAAGACUAACGUAAACAUUGCCUGGAAUGUUGCCGUAAAGGACCAUGGGAUAGACAUUGGAGAUGUAUCCGAGCGAAAGAAAUUGAGAGAGAGGCUGAAGUGUAAACCAUUUAAAUGGUAUCUGGAAAAUGUCUAUCCUCAGUUAGAUCUUAGGUUUCAUAUACUUGGUUUUGGAGUGCUGCAAAAUGAUCUGCACCCAAGUUUAUGUUUGGAUCAGGGGCCGCUUGAAGGAAACACUCCCAUUUUGUAUCCAUGCCAUUUCUUUUGGUCACAGGUGUUCAAAUAUACAGCUGGUGGUGAAAUAUUUAUUGGUAUCCUUGAGUCUCAUACACGCAAACGGAACCGCUGUCUGAAGGAUCCGGGCUCAGGGACAGUUCCAGAACUGGCAUUGUGCUCAGACGGCAAAAACCUUGAAAAGCACAUACAUUGGUACUUUAAACAGGGACAGGCCAUACAGAACAAAGACACCAAUCGCUGUCUGGAGAUUAGAGCCAAUCAGAAAGGAGUCUGACUCUUACUUGGUGAAUGCAGCGGCCAGCACUGGAGGAUGCAGCAUGUUGUUCAGGACUUUUGAAACGGCUCUCCUGUUUUUGCCAAGUGGUUGAUGUCCUUAGGGCAACAUCAUGUUGACCCUGGGACAACAUUUAAAUCAACCAAUCAGAUUUCAGAAAUAAGUUUACAGUUUAUUUUAAGUUUAAUCUUCCAACCAGGAUUAGGUGCUUCUAGACCAUUAUUUUUCACUUAUCAUUUCCCUCUGGUUUUAGGGGUAAGUUAUGGUUAGGGUUGGGGUUCGGUGUGGGUUUAGGUUUUAUUUAUAAAAAUGUUGUCCUUAGGUCAACAAAAUAUGUUGCCCUGAGAACAUCAACCACUUGGCAAAAUCAGGUCGAGCUCUUGAAACACAGGAGGUCAAGUGAUUUAAUAGUAAAUAUAAAUAUUUAAAAAAUAUAUUUAGUAAAAACAAAACCAUCAUCAUUUUUAUGAUCAUCAAUGUGACAUUCAAGCAGAACCUGAAUAUCUUAAAAAGGGGUGGGGAACUCCAAGUGGGAGUUCCAAGAUGGGGAGUGACAGAUACGACACAACAUGCCCGAUCCCACCUGAAUGUAACCGCCCAUGUGUAGAGUUCAUGCCUCGUCUCAUCAAUCUCAUAUACUUGAAUCCGAGUACUAGGAUUGUGCACAUCCUCAGAACUUCAAAACUAAAUGUAUUUAAAAAAAAUGUGGUAUUGAAAAUUUAAGAAAUAUAAUUUAUUCUACCAGGUUUUUGUAGGAGGUGGAGGAUUGAGUACUAAUCUUGGCACUCAAUCUCUAACUGUUCCUGAAGAAAAAAAAACUUACAUUUAUAUUUAGGGCUGUCAAACGAUUAUUAUUUAUCCAGAAUAAAAGUUUGUGUUUACAUAAUAUACUGUAUGUAUG